AUGGUCUCGACUAUGAAGUCUACUCUAGAAGAUCGAUUUCGAACAGGCCAGAAAUUACAACGGCGAGGUACAAAGCACGUCAAAUCUGGCUGCAGGACCUGCAAAGUCCGAAGAGUGAAAUGUGACGAAACUCGACCCGCCUGCGGCCGAUGCACUUCCACAGGUCGUACAUGCGAUGGAUACGGUAUCUGGAGUACAAGUGCCGGCACUGGCAUAUCUCACGGUUUUCAUCAACGGCAAAGUCCCUCAAGUGUCGUUUCUACAACACCUCCUCGAGAUACGAUCGAAUAUGGAUGGUGCAUGUCUCCUCUUCUAGACGGUAACUGCAAAAUGUUCAACCUCCUCGAUCGUCGAGUCGAUGCAGACGAGUUAGUAUGUCUAGACUUUUUCCGACUUCGAUGCCUCGUCAAACUCCCCGGAUUCUUUGACGCAAGUUUCUGGGAAAAAACGGUGCCACAAGUAUCAUCUUCCGCGCCCGCCGUGUUCCAUGCAGUGGUUGCGCUGGCAUCUACUCAACGUAGCCAGGAGUAUACUAGCUGCAUGCGAAAAGGUCCGGAUAAUCCUUUCAUUGACUACGAUUCCGAGAUUAAGAAAUGGGAUCGGUUCGCUCUGCAGCAAUACAACAAGUCUAUCAUCCGUCUACAGUCAUAUUUCGAAGAUGAUGGCCAUGAGUCUGUGCAAAUUGCAUUGAUAACUUGCGUAUUGUUCAUUUGCAUCGAGUUGAUGAGAGGUUCCUAUACUCGGGCUAAUGUGCAUAUUGAUCAUGUGAUCAAUGUUUUGAAGACUUUGCAACGCAAACGGCAUAGUUCUGAUAGUUUGCCUCGAAAACAACACAGGGAAAUUGUACGUGUGACGGAUCCGAAGACAGUAGAUGAUCAUUUACUUGAAAUUCUGGCACGGAUGAAUACGCAAUGUGUUUUGUUCGGAUACCCCUCGCGAUAUAUACAUCUGACCGAAGCAAGAACUAAUUUAGUUGGCACAAUUCCUGAUGUUUUCGACUCUUUGCAAGAGUGUCGCCAGUAUCUGGAGGUUUUACUAAACAAAUCGCUCCAUUUGAUCAAUAAAUCCUCGGGCAGUACACCUUCCUUCUCAUUAGGUGAACCCGAGUAUCAUUUUCCAGAAACGAGAGAACAAUUAAUAGAAACCUUGGCCCAAUGGAAGUGCGCAUAUGAGAAACUUACGCAAAAAGUUCGACCAAACAUCACAGUAUACGCUUACAUAGCACUCAACCUCUUACGCAUCUGGUCCCUCAAAGUCGAAAUCAUGCUCCGCACAUGUCCCGCCACAAACGAGCCAUGGAAUGAAAUGGCCUUUGACAAGUAUACUCACUUGUUCGAAGAAAUCCUUUCCGCAAGCGACGAUGUGGUCCUGAUGCGCGGCUUUCCCGGGAACUUUGUUCUCCAAGACGCAAAAUGUCAUACCGGGCCCCUGAAUUUCUCCGCGGAUAUGGGUCCCGUGCCGGUUCUGUAUUAUAUUGCGCUGAAAUGCCGUGUUCCAUCUAUAAAAAGACGGGCCAUUCAAGCUUUGAGGGCUGCGCCUCAUCGCGAGGCGGUUUGGGAUGGUAUUGCGGUUGCAGCGGCGGCUGAGACGGUGAUUCGGUUGGAAGAAGGAGAUUUCUUCGGAGUAUUUAACGAUGCAUAUCCAUCGGUCGCGUAUUCACUAUCGUCGGUUCAGAAAGAUGUUCUCCCUGAAUGGAGCCGUUUCCAGGAUGUACGGAUAAUAAUGGAAGAUGGCUUGCAGCUCGGAGGCACGAUCAUUGGCAGAAGAAAGCGUGAGGAUAGUAAUAUAUUCUCUUCCUUCUUGGGGGAAGAUGAUUCAUCAAAGUGGGAACCUGUUGAAGAGCCAUUCCAAUGUGGAGAGCGUCUCAGCACAUAUACGUGGAGCAACAUACAGGAUAUGUACAAAGCAGCAAAUUUGUCGUCUGCUUAA